AUGCAUGCAAAUAUGGGAAAUACGAGCAGAGAUGUGAUAAACCAUUAUCAUUUGCCACUCAAUUGUUUUGGCCUGGAUACUUCCACUAUUCUCAAGUGGCUCGUCCUUCAAGGCUAUGAGGUCGUGUGUUUCCUCGGCGACUGCGGCCAGGAGGAAGACUUCGAUGCCGUCAAGGCCAAGGCGCUGAAGCUCGGCGCUGAGAAGAUGGUCAUCGAGAACGUCCAGCAGGAGCUGAUUGACGACUUGGUGUGGCCCGCCAUCCAGUGCAACGCUAUCUAUGAAGGACAAUACCUUCUCGGCACAAGCCUAGCCCGGCCGGUAUUGGCCAGGGCAAUGGUGCAAGUUGCGAAGGAUAACAACUGCACGAUCCUUAGCCAUGGAUGGCAGAUCAUGAUCCCGAUAUAUAUGUUGUCGCCCUCUGUCGCUCUUGCACCGGGACGUGCCGAUCUUCUCAAGUUCGCCGAGGAGCAGAACAUCCCCGUCAGCUCCACUCCCAAAGCCCCCUGGUCUAUGGACGACAACAUCAUCCACUGCUCAUACGAGGCCGGUAUUCUCGAGCAAACAGACAUGGAGCCCCCGAAGGACAUGUGGAAGCGCACAGUUGAUCCCCUGGACGCUCCCGAUAAGCCCACUCGCUUCACCGUCCACUUUGCUGAGGGUGUUCCCGUUAAGCUUGAAGUUGGGGGCAAGGCCGUUACUGGCUCCUUGGAGAUCUUCAAGGAGGCCAACGAGUUGGGCCGUGCCAACGGUAUUGGACGCGAGGAUAUCGUCGAGUCGAGGUUCAUCGGAUUGAAAUCUCGUGGUUGCUACGAUACCCCCGGCCUGACUAUUUUGCGCAAGCUGCAUCUAAACCUGGAGGGUCUCGUGAUGGAUAGCAAGGUGCGCAUCAUUCGCGACCGUCUCUCAGAUGACUGGGCGCAAUGUAUCUACAACGCACGUAGCCCCUUCUCUUCAAGCUCUGGAAUGUACUUUACGCCUGAGCGCGAGUUCGUUCAGCAGGCGAUCUCUUUCAGCCAGAAGCGGGUUGAUGGCAAGGUCGAAGCUCUGGCUUACAAGGGCAACAUUAUCAUCGUUGGCCGCUCCAGCGAGACAUCCAAUCUCUACAGCGAAGAAGAGAGCAGCAUGGACACUCUUGACAUGGAUUGGAGUGUCGAAGACACAACUGGGUUUAUCAACGUGAAUGCUAUCCGCAUCGCCAAGUAUGGCGAGCGCAAGAUCAGGGAUGGCGAGCCCCUUUCCAAGCGUAAGUAG